ACGUCAUCGGCGGCGUGCCCCUGUGCCCGAGCCGAGGAGACCCCGCAGCGAGCUGCCAACGCCCGGCGGAGACUCUGAGGUUCUCACUGGAGCAGAUAUUCUAGCAAACUUCAGCUAUGCAGACGAUCAAGUGUGUAGUGGUGGGUGAUGGUGCUGUUGGUAAAACCUGUCUCUUAAUUUCUUACACAACAAAUAAAUUCCCAUCGGAAUACGUACCAACGGUUUUUGAUAACUAUGCUGUAACAGUGAUGAUUGGAGGAGAGCCUUACACCCUUGGCCUCUUUGAUACUGCAGGUCAGGAAGACUAUGAUAGAUUACGACCCCUCAGCUAUCCACAGACAGAUGUAUUUCUGGUCUGUUUCUCGGUGGUGUCUCCUUCUUCAUUUGAAAAUGUGAAAGAAAAGUGGGUACCUGAAAUUACUCACCACUGUCCAAAGACUCCUUUCCUGCUUGUUGGGACCCAAAUUGAUCUAAGAGAUGAUCCCUCAACAAUUGAGAAACUUGCCAAGAACAAGCAGAAACCCAUAACUCCAGAGACGGCUGAGAAGCUGGCCCGGGACCUGAAGGCUGUCAAAUACGUGGAAUGCUCUGCACUGACGCAGAAAGGCCUAAAGAAUGUAUUUGACGAAGCGAUAUUGGCUGCCCUGGAGCCUCCGGAGCCGAAGAAGACUCGCAGGUGUGUGCUGCUAUGAACGUCCCUCCACAGCCCCUUCUGCAAAGCUGGUGUUUGAUGUCAUACUAAAAGCAAUGUUUAAAUCAAACUAAAGAUACAAAUUCUGAGAUUUGUUUUUGCAAUAAUGACAAAUGCCCUGCACUCCCAUCUGCCCCACACGCUCCCUGUGUGAGAUGAGAAUGUUAGUGUUUAUUCCCCAGUGCCCCCUCCAUUCAGUUAAACUAGUUAAUUUUGAGUAAUUAUCUAUUACCAGAAAACACUGAUCAGUACUAGGUUUGUUUUUUAUUUUGUUUACCAUUUCUAAUGUUGGGUUUCAAAUCCAGGCAUGCUUGUGAUGACUUGCUGUAACAGACUAAUUCUAGGCUGUUUUACUGAAGCCUUGGCCCUUACUCCAGUCUGGCAAGACUUGGUUCUGGUUUCAAGAACUUCUAAGGCUGUCCUGCAGCCAGCCAGCAGCCUGGGUGAGAGCAGACUUUAGUACUCCAGACAAAUACAGAGAAGUAAAGAUGUCCCAAGCUGGUGCUCCUCAAAGGAGGAGUGUAGAAAGCGUAUCUGCAUCUCCUCUGAAGUUGCCUUGUACCUCUUCCCCUGGCUCUCCACUGUGCAGGUCAUCAAUUUCUACCCCAUCCUCUAAAUUAUGAAGCCUUAGGAAUAGGAAAAUCCUGUUCUCUGGAUGCACCAUCAGACUUGAAACUAGCUUGCCAGUCUCUUCCUUAAUCUUUGGCAUCAUAAGCUUUUGUCACGUAAUGAGGAAAUAAUGCCCCUUUUGAAGCACACCCAGCUGAGUCAGUUGGCUUUUAACAAAUCCAUCUUCUGCCAGUCCUGAACGACCAGAGAAACACUUAAUAGUGCCCAACAUCUGCGUAGCUGGAUGGACACUGAGGGACCUGGUGUGUGUUGAGUUCUGGAGCUGGCCCUGGUGGUGCAUCUCUUGGGGGAUGACUUGGCAUCCUUUGGAGAGGAGUGGAGAGACAGACCUGUGUCGGUAGGAGGGGACUGCAGGGAGGGGUUUCUAGUGUUUAGUGUGUCACCAUUCAGGGACCAGUGGAGGGAAUCCCCUUUUUGUGCAUUUUGCCCUGAGAUGGGCUCCAGCCCUCUGGGCAUUGUCUGCAGGCUCUGGGCACAGACUGACUGCAGUGUCAUGGGGGUUUUACCAAAACUCUAUUUUGGCUUACAAAUUCAAAGGGUUUUUUUUAAGACUCAAGGAAUCUUCUCCAUCUUCCAAAAUUCCAGUGUUCUUGUAGACUCAUUAGUGUUGAACCAAUGCUUUUUCCAUGUCUAAGUUCUUUGUAUAUGCAUUCUUUUCAGAUGUAUUAAACAUAAAGUAUCUUCACAA